AUGCCGCCUAGAACACCCACUGGAAUUUUUUGCGGGGAUCAACGAUCAAUUGCUGGCGGUCUUACCCAGUCCUCCGUAAAUCUCGCAUCCUACCAAGCAUCUGCCACUCUGUCGCGCAUGUUUGACAUCCUCAGCCUGAAAUCAAUGGCCGGCAAAUCACCGCCGUCGCCUGUUCACACCUACCACUGCCUAUGCACAACCCUCGUUCUCGCCACCGCGCGCGACCUGAACUCCCUUCCUCGCCGCCAUGAGCCUGUUCAAGAUGGAGCCCUGAUCCUCGCUCCACCCGUCGACAUUACUAGAGCCGAGACUCUGGAGACGCAACGCUCUGAGCCUGCGAGUUCUGUGCUACUCAACGUGGCGCCAGAGCGAAAACCAGUCAUGAUCCGACGAGAAGACGGAUUUGAGAAAAGAACGCUGCUGAAGUGUGUCAGGUGCAAGUUGGUCAUCGGGUACAAUCUCGACGAGGUCCACUUUGAGAAGCCAGAAGGAAAUCCGAGGCCAGUGUAUUUGUUGCCCGGUGGACUACUCAGCACCCAGGAUAUGGCAGAAGGGAAACAGCCAGAGACUCCUUCGUGGGCGGAGCAAAAAUAA